AUGAAAAAUAUUCCCUAUGAUAGUGCAGUUGGAAGCCUUAUGUACGCACAAGUAUGCACCAGACCUGAUAUUGCUUUUGCUGUAAAUACUCUCGGGAGAUAUUUGUCAAAUGCAGGUCAUGAUCACUGGGUUGCCGCCAAGAAAGUAAUGAGAUAUCUGCAGCGCACAAAGGAUUUCAUGCUUGUAUAUAAAAGAGUAGAAGAUCUCAAGGUAAUUGGUUAUUCGGAUGCUGAUUUUACUGGUUGCUCAGAUGAUAGAAAAUCGACUUCUGGAUACAUUUUUAUGUUGGCUGGUGGUGCUAUCUCAUGGAAAAGCACAAAGCAAACUCUUAUCACGAGUUCUACAAUGUAUGCUGAGUUUGUAGCUUGUUAUGGUGCUUCUAUUCAGGCAGUCUGGCUGAGAAAUUUGAUCUCUGAUUUGCGCAUAGUGAACUCUAUAUCCAAACCUAUGGUGAUCUAUUGUGAUAAUACUGCAGCUGUGUUCUAUUCCAAGAAUGACAAGGUUAACAAUGCAUCUAAACAUAUGGAAAUCAAAUACUACACAGUGAAGGACUUGGUUAAAAAAGGUGACAUUGCUAUUCAAAAUAUCAGAACCGAUUUCAUGUUGGCAGAUCCAUUGACAAAGGGUUUGCGACCCGUAUUGUUCAAGGAACAUGUGAAGAAUAUGGGUAUCUUUGACUCUUUUCAUUCCCUUGAUUAG